CGGAGCUGUUAAGGUUGUGGACUGUAGUACCAGCCACAACUUAUCCUCGUUCUCCAAGUUUCACCAACAUAUCAGCUUGUGGUGUUGAGUGAAUACAGCUACCGGAACAAUCGAAAGCACAACUAUUCGGAUGUCCAAUUGAAUUCGUGCACGGCAAAAGCAUGGCGCACCCUCGAACUCCAUGACCGCACUCCUCCGCAACCCCUACCCCCCAAUGGUUGAGCUCCUCAGAGAGCUUGAAUUAUGUCCUCCAACAUCAGGGUCUUCGUUCAAUGGAAAGACGCGACGGUAUUUGCAGGCGAAGAUCUCGAAUGCACAAUAACCUUCAAGAACGUGGCGUUGCUUCCACAGGCAGAUCGAUCGCCCAAUCGAAGACAGAACGGCUUCCUUGCAGCCGUUGAACGACAGCAACACCGAAACCCUGCCCUCAGACCUUCUGUGAAGCCCUCGCUGUCUCGAAACUCCUCGUUCGGCCCACAACUACCUACACAGCAUGCGAAAGGGCAUCGGCCCACCCUGUCCUUGAGCACCUCCGCAACUACUGUUCCCUCAAUAUCGCAAUUCGCCGGAGGAGCCAACACGCCCACGAGUGCAGGUCCACAUGGGAGAUCAUUGUCGAUAGUAUCACUUGGUAGCGGAGGCAACAGAGAUCCCGAUCGAGCUUCACAUAGCAGUCCGCGAAGACCAACUCGACCGCAUGGCCGGUCUGCUAGUCUACAGGUAGUACCAGGCAAGAAGACUGGAAGUCCUCAUACAGGCUCACACAGAGCUCAGUCGGCCACACAGACGCCUACUGUCUUCAGUUCAGCAGCGCCUGCUUUGACGACUCCUUCACGGUUUUCCGGCGCAAAGCGAAGCGGCAUAACACACAUCUCAAGUACCGGUCGUCGAGGAUCAGGUUCUUUGACACCACACUUCAAGUUUCCGCAAGGAACAGUGGACAAUGAAAAUGAGACAAUAUCAGAGCAUCCAGUAGGAGUGUAUGGGCGGCCGCCACGUGUGAGAGGGAACAGCCCUCGACCGGCAGAUGAGAUGUCUGCAACAGGCGAAACGUUGUCACCUGUUGCGCGACUUCUAUCGGGUACGAGCAUGAAUGGAACACCUCGGAGCAGCGGAGAAUUCUAUUCGAUGAGCAAUCAUUCUUCAGAGACCCUCCCCUCUGAAUACAUUACCCAACCUAUGGCUCGCUUACUGCCUCCCUCACAUUCACGGCGAUCCUCUCAAGCUCCGCAGCCACGUGUUGGGCCGGAAUCGCUGAUGAUGGGCUACGCUCAAGUCAUGGGUUCCUUCACCUUGGACGGGUCUCUCAUCAAUCAAGCUCCAUUUGAGGAAGUGAAACGCAAGGGCGUACUUGGAGGACAAGGAGGUGGUGGUGUGGUGGGCGUAGAACGAUUGAAGAGGGACAGUGGAUUAUUCGGCGCUCUAGGAUGGGGAACUCUAGGAGAGUCUUUGGGUGGCCUUCUUGGAACAUCAGAGCCAAGCAGCAUGCGAGAGAUGCGUGGUAUAGCUAACAGCAAAACCGUGCCACUCUUAACAACACCCCAAUCCAUUCUGUUCGUUGACCUUAGGCUAGCCCCUGGAGAAAGCCGGAGCUAUCGAUACAAAUUCAAACUACCACGAGGCCUACCACCAACGCAUAAAGGACGUGCAGUCAAAGUAGCAUAUCAUCUUGCUAUAGGAACUCAGAGACCAGGAAUGGUAAACGGGCAGCAGCAAGUGCGGCAUGUCGAUAUUCCUUUCCGAGUUUUCGGAGGGGUCACGGGGGAAGGAGAAAUACUGGGUCACGAUCUGAUGUCUCCAUAUAUCAUACUUCGGGACGAAGCCCAGACGGAGAGGAUAGAUGUCGAAGUCGCUACUCCCCAUCAACGCAAAACACCUAAACCAUCACCGCGCAUCGGAUCAGGAUCAGCAGAUUUCCUAGACUAUGUCAAUAAUCUCCUCGACAAACCAGACGACAACUCUACAGCCGGCCUUCUCUCCCCAACAGCCGAAGACCCUCGCCGCAAAUCGAUCGCGGAAGAGCUCCCCAAUACGAUGAAGGAGAUCAUUGAUCUGGCCAUAAUGCGCUGUAACAACGUCGCAUCAUCCUCCCAAAGCACCUCACGAUUUGAUAUCGCUCGUUCUGGGUAUCGUGUUGCGACCAUUAACCUCGGCCGGCCCGCCUACCGCCUCGGGGAAACGAUCUCCGUUGUCAUCGACUUCUCAAACACCGACAUUCCCUGCUACUCUGUUAUCUUCUGCCUCGAGACUGCCGAGCGCGUCGACCCCGCCAUUGCUCUGCGCUCUCACUCGAGUAUAUAUAGAGCGACGCGGAAAGUACAUGCUGUGUUCUCCGAUAAUGCGCUCUAUUCGCAAAGACUGACAUUUGCGCCUACGAUACCUCCGAAUGCGACACCGGAUUUUGUUACGUCGGGUGUGAGUCUGGAGUGGCGCCUAAGAAUUGAAUUUACGACACCACGCCUGACGUACGAGGAAGUAGAGGAAGGUGCAUGGACGGAUGUGCUUGAAGAGGUGGGGAAUGAUGAUCGAGGAGUCAUCCUAGCAGCGGCUGAGAAACUACCAUGCGAGACCUUUGAGGUUUCGGUUCCGAUACGGAUUUAUGGGGCCGUGACAGGAUGCGUAGAGAACGUGAGCGAGGGAGGGUUGGUGGUGUAAGGCCAGGCCAGGCACUAGAUGAAGAAAGAUGGCAAGACGGAGCAGAGCAGAGGAAUGUCAUGGAUACCCGGCAAAGAACUCAGAUAGCAUGUGUGUAAUUAAAGAAGAAACAUGUGCUCAUACACUGUAUAUACCUCAUCCAUGAAUAGAUCGCGGACAUAUACACGACG